ACAAACAACAACGUAUCUGAUCUGGAAGAAAAUUUUCAAGGAAUAAAUAUCAAUGACGAAAAAGAGCAAAAACCCAAUAUGCAAGAGGUAUACUGAAAUAAAUAUUAAUGUUCAGCUUUCAAUUCCAAAACAUUUUGUAGUGACUAAUUUGGUCUUGGCGGACCGAUCAUUUUUAACCCAUUUAUGACCAGCACUCUCCAGGGUGUCCACGGGCCUUGAAAAUCCUGGAAAGUCCUUGAAUUGGAAAAACCUCCAGCUAUGCCAACAGUAAUGAUUUUAAUUACUGAAUAAAGUGGGGCAAAUCCGUGCCAUUUUCAAAGAUUUUUCCCAGUUCUAGGUCCUUGAAUUUACUGAAAAAGAGCCUUGAAAGUCCUGGAAAAGCCCUUGAAUUCCACCUUCACCAAAGGGUGGACAACCUGACUCUCAUGUAAAAUUGACGAAUUUAGGUUGCCACCAUAUGACAACCUGUUGCUCAAAUAUAAUCAUGUCAUAACCCUUUGGGUGGCAAUGUGCCCAGAUGCACCCUACUUUGUUAUUUUACUCUGUCUAACACCAGAAAUUUUACUCAUCCCUAGGGGAGAGUGCUGCCCCUCAAUAAGUUAAUCAGAUUAUCUGCCCUUGCAUCCGUGAGUGAUUUUGAUAAUAUCUUUACCACUAGAUUGCACCGACGGCAAAGAAUCUUUGGCCAGAUGGAGACGAAGAAGGCGAUGGAAAUGGCAUCUUUCAUGGCGAACCUUGGGAUUCCAACACACUGCUGCCGUCCGUACCUCGAGUUACAUCUGAACAUGCAGUCUCGCAGCCGAUCAACAUGGCUCGGCCUGUUAACGCUCGCAACUACAAUGGUGUUGAACAGCAUGGCGUAUUGUCACCACGCUCAACAGAUGGUGUCGGCAUGAGCGUUGCAGAGUUCGUUCUUGGGUCAUCACCUGGCGUUGGCGAUAUUGAGGCACAGAUAACUAAAAUGAAAGCUAGGAUGGUAAGAGCUGUUUCAGAUUAACCUGUUGAGCUGCAAUACACUGAAAUGUGCACACUACUUUAAAUGUGCUGGCAGCACUCAUUGGGUUAAACCCAGACCUACAAAUUAGUGCUCUUUAUGAUCAGACAUAUGACCAAUGUAGGCUGGUCAAAUCUCCAAUUAUAAUUAUAUUCCAGGGUGUUUUGCUAUUUGAAAAGGGAGUUUUGCUAUUUGAGAAGGGAGUUUUGCUAUUUGAAAAGGGAGUUUUGCUAUUUGAAAAGGGAGUUUUGCUAUUUGAAAAGGGAGUUUUGCUAUUUGAAAAGGGAGUUUUGCUAUUUGAAAAGGGAGUUUUGAUAUUUGAAAAAAAAGUUUUGCUAUUUGAAAAGAAAGUUUUGCUAUUUGAAAUGCCAAUCUAUUUUACUCUGCCUAAUGCCAGAAGAUUUUACUUGUCAGGAGGAGAGUGCUGCCAAAUUGGAUUAACCUGUUGAGCUGCAAUACGCUGAGUUCAUUAAUCCAUUGAGUCGCAAUGCGCCCCAGUGCGCCUUAAGCUACGUUUACACGCUGCGAUUUGUCGGGCCGAUUUUGGUAAAUAAUCGAUGCCCCUUCUUCGACAUUUAGCAAUUUAAACGUUCAAUUGAAGCUGUCCGCUCUCUCAUCUGUUUAUAUUAUAGUUUUCUGCGUGCGAAAAGUUUUCAACAACUUUACAACGGAAGAAAAAUCGUUGAAUCGUGAGAAAAAUCUGUGAUUUUGUUACAGAUUUUUCUCCUGAUUUUGUGAAUCGCAAGGUGCUGAUGCGAGUACUCACGACAGUUUAUUUACAUACAGCGAGCAAAAUCGGCCCGACAAAUCGCAGCGUGUAAACGUACCUUUACUUAUUUUUUUACAUGUCUAAAGGCUGAUUUCCACUGUUGCAUUUUUCUUUUUCAUACGUACGUAUACGCACGUAAAACUUUAAAUCCAUUUAAAUGUUACUUAUGAAAUAACCAAAUAAAUAAAGCAACAGAAUUCAGUGUUCCGCAAGUUUUAGUAUGCAUUUGUUAACUUAUUUGUAAAAUAUUUAAAAAAUAGAAGGAUUCCAAGUUUUACGUGCAUGUACGUGCGUACGAAAAAUGAAACCACAGAGUAGAUAAGACAUACAGAGACGUAACUGACCGUUGUAAACACUGUGGAAGAUUACGUUAUCAUGUACCCACUUUUUCUCAGGCGACCGGGCGAAAAAUGAUCAACUGCGCGUGCUCAGCAAGUUUAAAGUGAGUCGUCAUCAGGUCGUCAUCCAAUCAGAUGCAUGCAUCUAGUAACUUGCCGAGCACGCGCACAAAAAAAGUGGGUACACUAGUUACGUCUCUGUAUGUCUCUACUCUGUGACGCAACAGUGGAAAUCAGCCUUAACGCCAGACGAUUUUACUCAUCAAUGGGGAAGCUCUGCAGCUUAAUGGGUUAAACCUAUCAUAUAGAAUGUAAAAACAAUUUAUAAUGUUAAUUUGUUGCCCUAUUUCCAACCUCAGAAUCAGCCAGAAAAGGAAGAGAAAGAGUUGAAACCAGAAGUCUCAAUUGGCAACCAGGUUGAACAUGUGAGGUCGCCAUUUGAGGACGAGACUGCCGAGGAAGUGAGAAGCGUUUUGAAACGAGAACAGAAGAACAACUCCCCACAACCUGUGCCAAGAGCACUCGCUGAUGAGAAACCUCCACUCACUUUUAGGUACGUAUUUUCGAGCGGCUUUGCUAUAGGGUGAGGCGGUUAAUCGAUAAACUGAAAAACCAAUGUCUUUUGAAAACCGAUUCAACCAGUGUUGUCCCAACCAAAAAAAUGGAACAAAUUUGGAAAAACACUGUUUGAGACCUGCCUUUCAAACAAAAAUAUUAACCUCAAAGAUGCUGGUCGUGUGAUCUGCUAAAAUCUAGCAGAUUUCUAAUUAACUAUCUUGGAUUCCUUUACGACAAUCAUACAAAAUGCAAUAUAAAAAUAAUACAAAUAUCAAAUAUUUAUUGACCUCAUCUUGGAUUGCUAAUUAAAAAUCUGCUAGAAUUUAGCAGAUCACAUAUAUGACCAGGGUCUUUUCUCCCUUCGCCAAGAGGAAAGACCCUGGAUACGAGGUUGUAAAAACAUGAGAAAAUAGUACACCUUACAGUGACUUACUGCUUACGUAUUUAGGCAGUACCAUUAAUACAAGUGUUUUUAAAACUAAAGUCUUGAUAAUGUAGCAUGAAAUUUAAUCCAACUGUAGAAAAUUUUGACACAAGUUAUAUAAAUUGUUUUCUUUCCAGACAGUUUUCGGUUUUUACCUGAACCACCUCGCUCUAUUUACAUAUUACUCUAAUAUCAUACCGGUACUCAUAAUAUCACAAGGAUUAGUGUCAUCAAGAGGAGAUGCUGGCAUAAAAUAACACAAAAAUAUCAAACUACUGUAGCAUUUACAUGACUUCAACAUCAACACACUUCCUUAGAUCCGCUUCCAGAAUGUGUGAUCAUGUGAUGACAUCACAUCAUUUCAUAUUACGUCAUUCAACAGCUUGUUGCUGCGUCAUUGGAAGUGCAUGAGUCAUUGGUGUGUGACAGUAUCAUACCUCCAUGUGUGUGUUUUCAUGCUUUGUGUUGUGUUAAACAUCUCUGAAAUGUUUCAUUGAUGAUUUGACUUUGUUAUUACACAUGGCCAACUGCACUGGAGACAUUUUAAAUAGCUUCAAAAACAAAACUAGAAAAAUGAAAAACUUUACUUGUCAAGGCCAAGGGGAGACUGCUGUGUGUCUACUGUAGUUAACCCAUUAAGUUCCAUUGCACCAGGGCUGUCCUACUUUAUUACUUUACUCUGUCUAAUGACAGACAAUUUUACUUGUCAAGGGGAGAGCGCUGGUACUCAAUAUGCGUUAAACUUUUUGAAGCCCAUUUGAAAAAUUGCAAGGAGGCAAUUUGCAAGAGAAUUUCUCCAUGUAGCUGUAAUGAGCAAAACAUUUGCAUAAUGUCAAAUAGAAUAAUGUUUUGCUUUUUAGCCAUUAGUAUUCAGGGGUUUUUUCCGGGAUUUUUAGGACCGUAAAACGGCUCCAAAAACUCAAUUUUGAAUUGAGUUUUGAAACUUAAUCUUCUCAACCAGUAUUCAGUGCAGUAAAAAUGAAGUUAAAUUCGUGACGUGUGCAAAUUAGUUUUCAGUUGGAAACCCGACAAUCAAGAAAAAAUGGCUGGAAUUCAUUUCACAACACAAGAAAAACAACGCAUUUGCCAUCUUUAACCAGUUUAUAGUGUCCCUUAGUUAGUGACCCUGCUUUAUUUAACACAUUGCGUCUCAACUACACUUGUUGGGUACAGGUGUCAGCCUCCCGCAGCUGCCUCACACCCCCAGCUGUUGAGCUAAAUUCAAUCUUCUCUGGGUUUUUCCUGGAAAAAACCCCUGGUAUUUUGUGUUACGGUGGCAAGCGUUUAAACAUGUGUUAUAUUUACGAAUUUUCGCACGGCUUAGUACGUUUUCAUAUUUCCAUAUCAAAAUCAUGCAACGGGACGUAAAAUAACUUAAUUUAACAAGAAUACUUAGCUGUAUAAACUGUAAAGCCCUUGGACAAAUGAGAAUGAGAAUUGGCUGUCACGAAUUGUUAUAGGGGACAUUUCAAAGCUCGAUAGAUUAACAAAAAAAAAAGAAAGCCAGGUUUGAUGAGUGUUCCAACUAUGUUUUAACUUAAAUAGAAUAGAUGUUAGUGUUGGGAAGGCAUUAAGAACAGCUAACUAAGAUCGUGUGACUGCCAACUCUUAUUCUUGUUUCAUCCGGGCUCAACAACAGUAUGCUUACAACAAAUAACAAUAGUUGGUGUAAAGACGAGGAGGCUUCAAAGCCACAUAUAACUAACAUCUUAACUUUUGAACGUUUACAUUUUCACCAGCCGUACACCAGGCAGUCGGCAGUCGUCACCAGCAGAACAACAAGCGUACAACGACAUGGCACAACCAAACCAAGUCCCUGCCACGAAACCUUCGACCCCCAUCAAACCACUAACCAAGGUUGACGUCACUGACCCCCUCAUGAUGGACCCGUUAGAAACGAGCAGCUUCGAUAGUUUCCCAAUGAAUUAUGGGAAUGCUCAGCAAAACGAGAUGAUUAUCGGUGGGAACUCGUAUUUCAACGGUCAGCCGGUACAAGUGGUGACUUCGCAACGCUCCCAGCAACAGAUAGCAAUGGCUGCCCAACAACAGCAACAGCAGCAAAUGGGGCUGCAGUCCGCAGCUUACCCUGGGAAUUCAUAUUUCAUCGCAGCUUCCCCCACGCAAGACCCCUACGGGGGUGUCCCCCUCGCCACUGUCCCCAACCCCGGUCAAGCACAGCAGGUAGUGCACCCACAGUAUCAAGCAACGUACAACACGGUGCCGUGGGGUGUCUACCAACCCUCUAAUCCAGGACAGUUUGUGCAACAACAACAACCGCAACUUCUGAGAACAAGUGCUUCAGGUCGUCCACCUGGAAGCGAAGUUAUACCACAACAGGUAGGUUGGCAUGGGUGGGGGAAUGAGUUGAAAGACUGAUUUAACCAUAAGCCGCAACGAACAUAAAAUUGUUUAACUUAAUGUAAAAGCAUUUUAUAGCUGUGUUGUGUUUACCAGAACGUAUUUGCUUGAUUUACUUAACAAAGACAUGAAUAUGAAAUAGAUGUUCAGCUAAAUUUGAAAGUUUCGAUCGAAUUCAUUUUGGUCGGACAUUUUUUCCGGACAUUUUUUGAACAUUAUUUCAGGCUCUUCGGGGUUACGGAAGCUGAAACAAAAAUUUAUUCUCUCUACAGCAAAAUACCUUGUCUCUUGGUAACUACCAGCUUCUAGCAGCACCCGGGACCUCACUGAAUCUCAGCAAUGCUUACUACGAUCAAUCUGGCAAUGUCGUAGUUGGAACAGCCCAAGGUCUUGCUACGGCACAGCUAACCAACCAGUUAAGCCAACCAGUGCGCAUGAUUCAACCCUUGGUUAUCAACGAUGUGGGUCAAGCUGGUGGUCGGGUGGCCAAUACUCCUAACGGCCUGAGAUUGUUCAGUCAACCCCAGGGACAACAGCAACUUACAGCAAUUGGAAACCAAGGAUCUUUGGGGUACCUCACACAAACCUCUGCUGGCAACGGCAUGUCGGGUUUGCAACUUAAUGGUGGCGUCAUCAGUAAUGUCGGAGGGACGUCUGGGACUCUAGGGAGUAUUGGUGGAGGCGGAGGUCAACCCGAGGGACUCAUGAGUGAUCUAACCCGACGUCAACCUAUACCAAUCUAUGGUACAUCCAGUUCACUUGGUAGUCUAUCUGUCAAUUCACAACCACCAUCCCUUGGUAUUCCAGAACUUCAGACACCACCAUUGCCCAGUGGAUUUCACGUUGGUAGCCCUAUUGGUAGUGGUAUGCCACAGUAUCUACCAUCAACUGCCCCUGGCAGUGAUCGCAAAUACACCAAUGCUCUAAAUGGUCUUUCCAGUGCGGGCUUAUACAGUGGUAGCCCGUUAUCGUCAAGCACCUUCCGUGGGAGUCGUCUCAAAGAGUCAACCCGAAGUAGACUGCUCGAAGAUUUCAGAAACAACCGUUUCCCCAAUAUUCAACUUCGAGACCUGGCCAAUCAUAUCGUGGAGUUCUCGCAAGACCAGCACGGAUCCCGGUUUAUACAACAGAAACUUGAACGCGCCAGCCCGAACGAAAAACAAAUGGUUUUUAAUGAGAUUCUUCCGGCUGCCUACAAUUUGAUGACGGAUGUGUUCGGGAAUUAUGUCAUACAGAAAUUCUUUGAGUUUGGAAACCGAGAACAAAAGCAACAUCUCGCGAACUGUAUACAAGGUCACGUGUUGCCACUAGCGUUACAGAUGUAUGGAUGUCGUGUCAUACAAAAGGCGUUGGAAUGUAUUCCUGCCGACCAACAGGUAAAUUAUGACCAAUUUAAGAUUUCUGUGAUGUUAUUCUGAGUGUAUAUCCACACCGGGCGAGCUUGAGAAAUAUGUCCGGCUACGGUGGGAAUCGAACCUACGACCUUUGGAAUACUAGCCCGAAAUAUCACUUACUCGAACCCACCUGACCGCGUAACUCAGUUGGCAGAGCAUUGAUUGAGCUAGUAUUCCAAAGGUCGUAGGUUUGAUUCCCACCGUGGCCGGGCAUAUUUUUCAAGCUCGCCCGGUGUGGAUAUACACUCAGAGUAACAUCACAAGAUUAUUCCAAAAUUUGCAAUUCCUGGAGAAAUGACUGAUGUGUUACCUAAAUGUGAACACAGACAAUUAUGUCUUCAUUAUUUGUAUAGGUAGUAUAGUAUGGUUUCGAGUACAAUUUGGAAAAAAACAUGCGCGGUAAAAGCAUUGCCAUUGAUGAAAUAUUUUUAUUUUGUUUGAACCAAUAGAAAGAACUCGUGAGAGAACUGGAUGGUUAUGUGUUGAAAUGUGUAAAAGAUCAGAAUGGGAAUCAUGUUGUUCAGAAGUGCAUUGAGUGUGUUGAUCCAGGCUAUCUGCAUUUUAUCAUCAUUGCUUUCAAAGGACAGGUAUGGUUUGCGGUUACAUUGUGUAAAUUGACUUAGUGAAGCUUGAAAACACUCAUAGUAUGGCUUUCUGUGAUCGCAAUGACGUCGUCACUUUGACUCGUGUCCUCAAUCCAAGAUGGCGGACAGCUCAUUGCUUUCCAUGUUGCUUUCAAUCGAAAUAUUUCAAGAAUCAAGCAAGAUGUGAUAAUUCUGUAACAAUAUUUUAUAGAUAAUUUUAAACGUUCUUUCAAGUGAGACAAUGGCCAUUUUUUUAAGAGCGAGAGCUUGUUUAUAUUUUCAAAAUGCGCCGCUAAAAUCGGCCAAAAAUGAAGCGUUCAUAUAUGUGGAGAAUUUUAUCCCAGUUGAGGUGACCUCGCCUAGCCGCGCUUGCUCGUCUCUGACAUGAACACAUAAUCAUUUUAUCAGCAUCAAAAAUGGCAUGCGAGUCUCCCUUGGAUGAAUCUCCAGGUUAACUUGGCUCUUGUGAACCUUACUCUUACUAAUGCUGCCAAUUCUCUCAGGUUGUAACGCUAUCAACACAUCCCUAUGGUUGUCGUGUGAUACAACGUAUCUUAGAACAUUGCAACCAAGAACAGACCUCGCCAAUCUUGGAUGAACUGCACGAUAACAUUGAACGCUUGGUACAGGACCAAUAUGGUAAUUACGUAAUACAACAUGUCCUGGAACACGGCACGUAUGAAGAUAAGAGCAAGAUAGUGAUGCAGCUCAAGGGAAAUAUCGUACUGCUGAGUCAGCAUAAGUUUGCAAGGUAUGUAGCCUGAGGAGUGGGGUGGGGUAAUUCCCUUUAGACCAUAUACGAGUGUAAGAGCCUUACCCUUUCAAGUCAGUGAAAUAUUUAUAUUACAUGCAAAAAUAUGGACCAAUAAUGAAUUUUGAAAACUGGCCAGAGUUUGUUUUUUUAUUGUGAGCAGAAACUAAUUUCGAUUUUCAAUUGUUUGUAGUAAUGUUGUGGAGAAGUGUAUCACGCAUGCGUCAAGGCCUGAUCGUGCAAUUCUUAUCGAGGAAGUCUGCAAUAGCACGGAUGGGUAUGUAGCGAAAUAAUAUUUAAACACAUUUGCAAUUAGGUCUUCGGGAAAUUUUCCAAAUGGCGACGUGACGUAGUGCAUAUUGAAGAGAAUAUUGUAUGCAGUAUUUUAAAUCUUUAUGCUGUGUCAUUUUAAGGUAAGGUGAUUCGAAUAACACUAAUCUAUGUACAUGUCUGGGUGUGUUUAUCAGGGCUUUCAGGUUCAUUUUUGGUAAGCGGUUUUAGUGAGAAAGUGGGCGGUUGUCCGCAACGAAAGAAUCAUUUCACUAAUGACAAUAUUACAAGUGUGGUCGUCCUGUUUGCUCGCUUUUUUAUUGGUUUGCAGUAUAAGCGAUGUUAGUUAAAUAUGCAGUUCAAGUUUGGCUGACUUGUUUUUUAAAUAGAUCUGUUUAUAUUAACUUAAGAAAAUGCUACAAAACACCAUGCAUUAUUGGAUGAAUGCGAUUUAGAAAAGAUUUACCAAAAUGUUUCCAAAAUGACUCCUUAAUUCCAUUCAAUAUUAUUCUCAAAGAAAGUUGAAUGAGCGAUACAGGGGAGGUUUACCAUUGUAAUUGCAGGGAAAGCCUACACAUGCAAAGACUUGCACGCAUGUUUUCACUCCGCCGGCUUGUCCAAAUUGUACAACGAUGCAAGGCCAAAAGCGGCUUUGUAUUUCUUUUCCAAAAUUGGAAGUCCAACGCGACGUGCGUGCGCACAACAUGGCGGUCGUUAGCUUUUUGCCAGGAUUUCUUCUGAAUUAAUAUAUGGCGAUAUUUUCUCACCAAGCUAGUUUUAUUUCCAUUGCAGACCUCAGAGUGGCUUGUUUAGCAUGAUGAAAGAUCAGUUUGCAAACUAUGUUGUCCAAAAAAUGAUCGAUGUUGCCGAGGCACCUCAGAGAAAACUACUUAUUGUCAAAAUACGACCUUUUGUCGCAACACUGAAGAAAUAUACCUAUGGAAAACACAUCUUGGCCAAGCUUGAGAAGUACAUGAUCAAACCUGGCUUGGAAUACUCGCCAUUUGGGACCACGUUGCUAUGAUAAAACGUUAUCCCCCGGGGGUGCCACCCUAUCUGUGGGAGAAGGGGUAAUUCAUUUACAGGGGGCCCCCCAAGUCGGUCAGUGCAUAGCUAUUGACCUACACUGUGUACAACGCGAAUAUAGUAGCAUAUUUUUAAGACAUGGCACAGUUUUUAUUCCGUAUAUAGAAUACCUGUGUUGAGUAUAUAUAAAUUCCAGUUGUAUGUUUGUAUCUAGACAGCGUGUAUUAUGUGGGUCAGUGAUUUUUAGACUCUGAUUACAACUCGCCCAUCUUUGAAAAAUUUGUAUCUAGUGUAAGAAUGUGAAUAUGACACGGUCAUGUAUAGAUUAUAUUAUAUAGAUAGCGUGUAGAGACUGCUAAAGGAGCGAAAAUCUUUGGUUUCUAAUAUGAAGAAUUAACACGUGAUUACCACGUGGUUUACAUGUGAUUCACACGUGGCGAACUCGUGAUUUCCACGUGAUGAACACGUGUGAGUGAGAAGUCAAAAUUCCUUCAUUUGACAUAUAAAGAAAAGUUCAAGAACAGAAAAAUAUAAAAUUAGCUAUAUAUUAUUAAAUUUUAACAUAUUUUCGUAUCUUUCGAGGUAUUAAACAAAAAAUAAAACAGUUUGAUCAAAAAACCUGAAAACAUUGUUUCCUAGCCAUGUUCCACCGUUGUUUCCUAGCCACGUUCCCAAAUGGUGGACAGUCCAAGAAGAUUUAGAGCGCCAUGGUUGUGGAUGCAAUGUUUUCCAGCAAUUUCUGGACAAAUAUUCUGAUGUAAAAAUGUAUACAAUAUGUAGGGAAAUUUUUUUCGGUAUGUGUUUAGAAAUGUAGCGAUAUCGAAUUUGACUUUUGGAAUUAAAAAUAACUUGCACAAAUUUUGCACUGUACUAUAUUUUUGUAUAAAUGAAUGCAACUAUGAAAUAAAUUCUAAAAUUCCAUUUUUGAUUGGGAUCAAAUCGGAAUACAGUUUUAAAAGUGUAAACGCCAAAGAUUUUUUUAACCUUUAGUAAUUAUUUCCCCCAGGUUACGACUUGUGACGACAAGUCUAACCACCGGUAGAUUUGUAAAAGUGUGUAUCAAUUAUUUAGCUAUGACGUGUUAUUAUGAAAAUUUAAAUUUGUACAAACGAUGUACAUUUGUGCAUAAUUUAGGAUAUGUGAGGAUAUGUAAGGUAAUCUAUGGACCUCAAUGUACAAUAUGUAUUCAAUUGUGUAGACUGCAACCUAACUUCAGCUACUUGUCGAAAAUUUAAGCUGCCCAUCUCACGAGAAAUUUUGAGCGAAAAAGUGUCGAUAGUUUUCGCUAAUUUAUGAAAAUCUUUUCAUUUUGUUUUGAAAAUCCUACUGUUCUCCAUGUCAUCCAGUCAUGAUCCAGUGAUCAGAAUGUUCUAUUGUCUUUUCAUUGUUUGAAAAAUCUCGCUGUUCUCCAUACCAUCCACUCAUGAUCCAGUGAUCAAAAUGUUUUAUUGUCUUUUCAUUGUUUUGAAAAUCGCACUGUUCUCCAUGCCAUCCAGUCAUGAUCUAGUGAUCAAAAUUUUCCUUUGUCUUUUCAUUGUUUUGAAAAUCCUACUGCUCCAUGCCAUCCAGUCAUGAUCCAGUGACCAAAAUGUUCCAUUGUCUUUUCAUUGUUUUGAAAAUCUCACUGUUCUCCAUGCCAUCCAGUCACGAUCCAGUGAUCAAAAUGUUCCAUUGUCUUUUCA